UCCCGCCUGGCCACCGCCGCCGCCUCCGGGGGUGCUGGCGCGGGUCCGGGUCGAGCUGCGAGCCCCAGGUGUCUACGCCUCCCAGGCUGGGUCAGCCCAGGGUGCAGAAGGGAGCCCACAAGCGGUGGCUCCCGGGAGGGCUCCGGGCUGCCUCCCAGGCUCUGCGGGCAAGUGCGGUGUGGAUCCCAUUCCGCCGCCCAUCCCGGCCGCCCGCCGUGGGGACCUCGGGAGAACGUGGAGCUAAGCCGCGGCGACUGCAACUCGCUCACGGGAACAACAAAUCAUUUCAACUUCAAAGCAUCUAAGACUGCCAUCCUGGAACUGGGCUGGAAAGUGAUAAGGAGGGGGCUAGACCAUUUUUUCAUUCACUUCUCAAAUUUAAAAGACUUCGAAGAGAAUAUAAAAUGGCAGAGGUUUAAAGUUAGUAUUCAGGAUGAAUGAUGAUAAAUCAGAUAAGAGAGAAGAUGAAUUGCAUUAUAUAUCUGUCAGUGAUAAAAACGGGAAUACAUCUGAAUACAACACAAAGUCACCAUCUACACGGCGCCCUUCAGCUAGUCACGGGGAUUGGAACGCUGCUAACACAGAUGAUAUGGUGGUGGAUUAUGAAAUGGAUCCUGCUGUGGAUAGCAGUGAGAGUGUGUCUUUAAGCCAUCGCUGUGUUGGAGCACCUGCUUACCCAGAACCCUCAAGUGAUUUCAUUAGUAAGCCUGGGUUUGCAAUGCCCAGUGAUCCUACCCAUCAGUCUUCUGCAUACAGUCCAGCGAAGCCCCCAAACCUGCAUAGCAACUUGGAUUCCCUAAAGUCGCUCCAGGAUGAGAGGUUUGAGCCCUCUCUGUCCUGUGUGUGCAAGUCUGAUGAUGAUUUCGACUGUGCAGACUCCCCUGAUGCUUUGGAGCUAAGACAGACAUUUGACAUGAAAGUGGACACAGCUAACCGUACCUUUAUAGCGCACCAUUCUAUUGAAGAGGGUCAGCCUUCACAUGGUCUGCUGCCAGUGAGCGUGAAAGGUGGAAAUACAUUGUUGUCCUGCUCCACUUGGACAUCACCCCAUUCCUCGAAGAUGCACGUGACAGGAAUCCACUAUAAUAGAGAGGGCUUGGAAAACCUUCAAGCCCCACCAUCAGAGGCUCUAAACACAACCUACACAGUGUGUUCUGAUGUGCCGAUGCAAACGGACAGUGCAGACAUUGGAAUUCAGUGUCAGUAUUCUUUAGGAAAUGUCACCAAAGAGUACACAGAUGGGACAGAGCAAGGACUCGCUGCAGAAAAAGAGAUACAAGCUGCGACACCAGUUUCUGAUGGCAUGGAGGUUCCCAAUGGGUCUGUAUUACAGGAGUUCUAUUGUGUAUCUGAAGAUGGACCAAACAGUGAGACACAUUCACACGGCUCAUAUGGUCAACAGGAAAUGGGCCAAAAUCUAAGAGAAACACUGUCCAACUGUCAUGUUGAUAAUGAAUGCCCUUUACUGGUGCCAGCUUUUGAUAAAAGUAAAACCAGAGUCCUGGACACUGAGUGUAAAGUCACUAUGACCAAAGACCCACACAUCGCCUCCUGUCGUGACGACAACGACUCAGAAAUCCAAGAGAAUACUGAAGAGCUGACCCUAAGAAGUGUCCCAGGGCAGAGGUGUUCACUGUAUGAAAUGGCUUGGGAUGCGAAUGGUAGAACCAUUAACACAAAUAAUACAGCUUGCACGUCAACACCAGUUCAGCAAACCCCCAAUGUCAGCCUUACGCUUUCACCGGUUGAAGCAACAGAGAAGUGCAAUCAUGUGGAGAAUGGUCCAAGAGAUGCUAAAAAUGCACCAAACUUGAAAGGCGCACCAGUGAAUAUGCCAAAGCCUAAUCUGGGAAAAUCAGCUACCAAAACAAAUACUACUAUAGGCAGUAAAGUUAGGAAAACAGAAAUUAUAAGUUAUCCAAGACCAAACUUCAAGAACAUUAAAGCCAAAGUUAUAUCCAGAUCAGUGUUGCAACCCAAAGACGCUUCCCCAACGAAGGGCACUCCCAAACCUCAGAUUACUGGGGUCUCUUCAACCCCACCAGUGCCUUCUAAACAGUUGACAGUUGUGAACAGACCACCAAGGUCUGACUUGACCGCAGACAAAAAAGCAGAAAUCCUAAUUAACAAGACAGACAAGCAACAGUUUAAUAAACUCAUUACCAGCCAGGCCGUGCAUGUUACAACUCAUUCUAAAAACGCUUCGCUCAGGGUUCCAAGAACAACAUCUGCCACGAAAUCGAAUCGGGAAGAUGUUGACAAGACGGGUUCUUCUCCUGCAGCCAGUGAGACUGGGUCUGUAGCUGCGUUUUUCCAGAAGAUCAAAGGCAUUCUCCCAGUUAAAAUGAAAAGUUCAGAGUGCUUGGAAGUAACCUAUGUUUCCCACAUUGAUCAGAUGAGCCCUGAAAAGGGUGAAAAGGACAGCAGGGAUCCAAUGGAAAAGCAAGAGUUGGGGAAGGCAGCCAUGAAUGAGACUUUUGAAUGCAAGUCUCUGUUUGUGGGUUCUGCACCCAAAGCCGCCACCACCCCGGGAAGGAGCAUUUCCAAGCCAGACUCCUGCAGCCUGAGGAAAACACCAGGUCUCAAAGCCAAAGUGGGGCCUGCCGUUUCCUGCCUGAGGAGGAGGAACGAUAGUAGAACCCUGGGCUCCGACAGGGCCUUAUCGCCUCAGAGGAUCAGGCGUGUGUCCAGCUCUGGAAAACCUUCAUACUUGAAAGCCGUACAAGCUUCUUGGGUGAAUUCGUCUAGACUACUUCCUAUACCCAGAGCAUCUUUGAUGUGCAGGGCAGGAAGCACCCGGUCAGUGGCCAGCACCCACAACGAUCUGAGCGCCCGCAGCCAUAGCUCUGGUAAUGCUGCUGUCAUCAAGUAUGAAGAGAAACCUCCCAAACAAGUAUUUCAGAAUGGAUCAGGAUCCUUAUAUCUGAAGCCUUUGGUACCCAGAGCUCAUGCACACUUGCUCAAAACUCCUCCAAAAGGUCCUUCAAGAAAGAGUCUAUUCACAGCUUUUAAUUCAGUUGAGAAAGGCCGGCAGAAGAAUCCCAGAAGUCUGUGCAUCCAGACCCAGACAGUUCCAGAUGUGCUGUCCUCCGAAAGAGCACUUGAGUUGGCUGAAUACAAAACAAAAUGUGAAAACCAAAGUGGAUUCAUCCUGCACCUCAAGCAGCUUCUUUCCUGCGGCAAUACCAAGUUUGAAGCGUUAACAGUUGUGAUCCAACACCUCCUGUCCGAGCGGGAGGAAGCGUUGAAGCAACAUAAAACCCUCUCUCAAGAACUUGUCAACCUCCGGGGAGAGCUAGUUGCCGCUUCAAGCACCUGUGAGAAGCUAGAAAAGGCUAGGAACGACUUACAAACAGCAUAUGAAGGAUUUGUCCAGAAACUAAACCAGCAACACCAGACAGACCGGACAGAACUGGAGAACCGGCUGAAGGAAUUCUACACGGCGGAGUGUGAGAAGCUUCAGAACAUCUACAUCGAGGAGGCAGAAAAGUAUAAAACCCAACUGCAGGAGCAGUUUGACAACUUAAGCGCCGCCCAUGAAACCACUAAGCUGGAGAUCGAAGCAAGCCACUCAGAAAAAGUAGAAUUGCUGAAGAAAACCUAUGAGACCUCCAUUUCAGAGAUCAAGAAAAGCCAUGAAAUGGAAAAGAAGUCGCUUGAGAAUCUACUUAAUGAGAAGCAGGAGUCACUAGAGAAACAGAUCAAUGAUCUGAAGAGUGAAAACGAUGCUUUGAAUGAAAAGUUGAAAUCGGAGGAACAAAAGCGACUUUCAAGAGAGAAGGCGAAUUCAAAAAACCCUCAGGUCAUGUAUCUGGAGCAAGAACUGGAAAGCCUGAAAGCCGUGUUAGAGAUCAAGAAUGAGAAGCUGCAUCAGCAGGACGUGAAGCUGAUGAAGAUGGAGAAGCUGGUGGACAACAAUACAGCAUUGGUUGACAAACUGAAGCGAUUCCAGCAGGAAAACGAGGAAUUAAAAGCUCGAAUGGACAAACACAUGGCAAUUUCGAGGCAACUUUCCACGGAGCAGGCAGCCCUGCAGGAGUCCCUGGAGAGGGAGUCAAAGGUCAACAAGAGACUAUCCAUGGAGAACGAGGAGCUGCUGUGGAAGCUGCACAGUGGGGACCUGUGCAGCCCCAAGAGAUCCCCCACGUCCUCGGCCAUCCCUUUCCAGUCCCCCAGGAAUUCUGGGUCCUUCUCCAGCCCCAGCAUCUCACCCAGAUGACGCUUCCUGAACGCGGGAGAGUCUCUGAAGGCGCCGAGGUGCGGUUCUGCAGGACUGACCCUCUCGUGGGAAGAAGAGCUGAAUUCGCUUUCUGGAAUUUCCACAGGAUAACUGGAAAGCAGCCACCACCCUAUCGGCUACUUACGAGUCCGGGAGCUCCGGAGGAUGACUUUUUAACUUGGUCCAAAAGCCUCCUCCAAAAAUAGAUUUUUUUUGGAAUUGAUGUGGACGUAGUUGCACAAAGCACUUAAGGACGAGAGAACCUUGUUCUUUUGCCUUCCUUCACCUAAGCAUAAGGGGAAAACUCUCAGGGGCCUGUUAAGAUAAAGAUUUAUAACCUUUAUAAUACUCUUCACCAGAGACACCUUCUUGUGAUUUUUUUUUUUUUUCCCCAGUCUGACUGUGGGCGGAGGUAUGUGUGAUCGAAAUGGGUGUGCUGGUGUGUCACGUGACUGUCACAGUCCUCUCUGCUGUGUAUUAAAAGUCAGCGGCUGACGAUGGCUGGUCCUGUAUCAAUCAAGUUGUGAUCGCUGUACACGUGUCAACAAAAGCCAUAGAAGAGAAAGCACUGACACGGCAGGGCUUGGGUAUGACAGGAAAAGCCUUUUGGUUUGCUGAUGUCUGUACAUUUCUGUUAGCUUUUUAGUGUUCAGUUUUGUCAGUUGAAACCAGUUUGAUUUUUUUUUCCCUAUAGAUUUUUAUGAGCCCAACUACUAUACUCCGAUCCAUUUUCUCAGGCUACGAGCUAAUUUUUCUAAACAUACACCUGUAUAAAGAAGAAGGGGGCAGUACCCAUGGUGGUUUCUGCCUUAUUUUCACCUUGAAUCUAAGCUCUCUUCAGAGGUAAACCUUCAUCUUCUCUCCCCAUUAUCUGCGUCCACCUUUCCUUCCUCCACCUAGGGCCACAGACGCAAGCCUUCUACCUCUUUCCCCAAUACAGAGUGCUUUUCCGGACCCAGCUUCUUUGAGGUGCUGAUCCAAUAAGCUACCAUCCGGAUCGGAGAGUACAAAUUUUGGAAAUCCCUUAGGGAAGUCAGUAAAGAUGGCCUUCAGCAUGUACUAACGGCCAGAAGCACCUCGUGAAACCAACACUUCCUGUUUAAUAGAUCAAGAGUCUGAGCGGUAAUGCUGACUUGAGGGCCCCUUUGGGCGGUCCUCCUGUCAUUGGAAUGUAUCAGAAAGGUCGACCAAAGAGUGGGAAAUGUGGCUUAUGCAAUUCCUUCACAGUGCAUUUGAAUUCCUUCCCAAAAUUUCAUUUACCCCCUCCCCAGACUAAGACUUGGUGAAAGGUAGAAGGAUCGCUGUGGCUGCUCACCCCACUUCCCAGGUUUUGUCAGCAUUGUGAUGUCAGUAUUUAUUAACCCUAGAGUUAGGACAGACUCAAUACUAGAGGUGGAUAUUAGAGUCAUCAUGGGCCUGUACACUGCAUAGCUCAUGGAUAUUCAUGCCGCAUGCUUUUUAUUAAUGGUUGUGUUGAAUGAAGUCUCUAAUCUCCAAUAGUUUAUGAUGUAUGUAGCCUUCCAUGUUUGCUUCUGAUAAAUAGAAUGUAGCUUCACUGCCACCUCCUGGAAUCUCUCUGCACCCAGUCCCAAGUUGUGCCCAAUGACGUUAGCCAGAGUUGGGUUUAUCUUUUUUUGCUGUAGUUACAGUCAAAGUUCAUGCGAUUCCCUGUCCUCCUCCAUACCAUUUAGGUGUCUGGAAAGUCAAUAUUACAGCAGUUAAAAAUACCUUUCAGAGGUUAGAAGACAAGAGAGAAAAUAGGAAACAAAACAGCUUUUACGUUUUGUUUUUAAACAAUGUUUUUCGUAGGACACAAAACUUGACACAUCAUAAAAGAAAUGUGGAUGUGUGAAAAUCUGUAGCUUAUAGUGAUGGAAAGUGUAUUUUACUUUGAUCAAAUAAAUAAUGCUGAAAUAUUCAA